AUCUACAUUUUUAUAAUGAUGUUUUAAUCAUUCGGAAGGCCGUGCUUUCUUUUUAUCCUCAGAAUAAUAUAUUACUGCGUCUCAAAAUUAAUUCCAUAAUUUUUUUGUAUUCUACUAGUUAUCAGAUAGUAGCACUGAGAGUGAAUUGGACGCUUCUUCAAGUCCGCGGAGGGAGGUAGACGAGAGUAAAAGGGGCCGUGGACGUGGUAGGCCACGUAGAACCAGAGGAGGUAGAGGACGACCCAGAUCGCGACAGACUGGCGCAGUACGGCCUAGGGCCAGUACGGGACAAUCCGUUCGAGGAAGGCGACAAAGAGGACAUUUGUGCACUACUCCUGACGCCGAAGUUGCUCUAGAAGAGAGGGAGAGGAAUAUCGAGAGGAGAGUAAAUGACCUAUCAGUAGAGGAAAUGAGAGCAACAUUACAAAGAGUUGUAAGAGAAAAUCCCGAGUACCUUUUCAACAUCUUGGAGGCAUCACAACAGCCCGGAGGGAGUGGAUAUUCUCCACCUGAAGAGCAGCCAUCUUGGUGUAUAUGUACUUUCUGCAGAGAAAUGCCUGCACUGAGAGAAAGGCUGUGUUGCCAGAGAAACCAAGAUGGCUGCAUCUCAAGACUUCCUUUAAGUUUCUGUCUGGAUUUUGAUAUCCUCAUCUUGAAUGAGGCUGUUCUUGCCUUGUCUAGGCUCUACAGACAAGACAUUUUAGCUCAACCAGAAGAUGGAGACAGAAAUAAAGCCAAUCGCCACACUGCCUACCGUCAAUUCGUGCUCUGGCAUCAUGGGAGACUUGGGGCAGGGGACCGGAGAGUAUUACCAAGCUGCUGCAUAUGGAGGAUAAGGGACAAGUUCCCAGAUCAGUUUGGACAAUACACAGGAUUCAAGGAUGACCCAUUGCAAUGAAAAUAAAAUUUCCUUUCCUUUCAA